GAGUCGGCGCAGAGCGGAGCGGAGGGAACAGCGUCAUGGCAACGCUCUCUUAGUCUCAGAUGUUCGCUUAGAUCUUUUUCAGAGAAGGAAAAACUGAAAAUGUAGAUUAGUUAUUAGUGUUAAAAGACACAGACUUUGUGAAAUAACAAGAAAACUAUUUACAUCAGAACUGAUACGUUUUUCUAAGCUAAACCAACCUGUGAAGCCAGUGCCUGAUAUGUCUGUCACAACAAGACCGGAACAGGAGCAUUGUUAAUGGUGACGUCGAGCAGGAAGCGACGUGGUCACGCCUAGUCCGAAGAGUCCCCCGGGAGCGCCGCGCCCUUCCUCGACCUGACAUCAGAGAAGGAAGGAAGGACCAGAGACCCACCAUGAAUCUUCGAAGCCAACGAUUGAGCGACCUGGUGGCGGCCGUCUGCAUCCCCGCCUCCUGCCUCAUGUACCUCCACCUGAUGCUGCUGGGGAUCCCCGGGCAGCCCUCCGCGCCGCCCACAGGCCCCGAAGAAUCCCUGGCGUUGGUCGAGAGAGGAGCCUCCGCCGUCAACUCCUACACCGUUGCUCCGCCCGUGAACGUGACCGGGGGCGCGAGGGAGGACCUGCUGCUCAUGACGCCCAUCCUUAAGUGCGGCGCCACGGCCAUGAGGAACCUCCUGAAGGUCUUGAAGAAUGAAAACAAGUUCGACCUGGUCAUCAGCCAGCCGAAGAAGGCGGAGCUGGUGCACAUUCCCCAGAGGAAUAUCCAGCACGACCUGGCGGGCAACGCGUCGUCCUUCUCGCGGCCGACGGCCCUCAUGCAGUCCUUCGCCUACAUCAACUUCACCAGCCACCACCUGCGGAAGCCCAUCCACAUCAGCCUUGUCCGGUCGCCGGUGGAGCGCGCCGUCAGCUGGUUCUACCACGCGCGCGCGCCCUUCCAGCUGGUGGAGAGGCACAACCGAUUCCCGGACACCAAAUUCCCCACCAGGAAGUUCCUGAAGAAGGACCUGGAGACGUGCCUGAAGGACCGCCGGGACAGGGAGUGUCGCUACGUGAUCGGCCAAGAGGUCCUUGGGCACACGAUCGAGUUCUUCUGCGGCCACGACGCCUUCUGCCCGAUAUUUGGCAACCGUGAGGGCUUGAACCGUGCCAUGCAGGUCGUCGAGAAGGACUUCGCGGUGGUCGGGAUCCUGGAGGACUGGGACAAGACGCUGGCAGUGCUGGAGCACUACAUACCUCGCUACUUCAAGGGCGCCACCAAAAUAUAUCAGGAGCGACUUAAAGGAGACAAGAUCAAGACGAACGAGAACUUCUACAAGCCCAAGGUCGAUCCAAAGGCGCGAGAGUUUCUGAACAGGAACUUCACCGUCGAAAACGAGUUCUACGACUUCCUCCGUCAGCGCCUCGACCAGCAGUACCGCGCCCUCCUCGCUCCUACGCCGUCGCCAGAGGCCUGAGUCCCUGGGGCGCCGCACGAGGGAGCGCCGCCCGAGGAUGACGCAGAGCGCAAAGUGCAAAUUACAGAUUCCAGGGGAGAUGAUACUCAGACGCAGCAUGAAGAGUGUUUGGGUCUUCCUGCUGGAUUUAGCUCGUCUUUGCUCAGGGCACGACCGCAUCGGACUACCUCGAGCUGAGAGAACAGCCACGUGCUGUGUUGUAAGCAGCCUUCGAGUUUUAUCGAGGGUAAUAUUAGGAUUAUGACACGGAUUAUACUUUAUGCACAUAUUCAUACGUAACACAUAAACAUAGAAACAAACACCGAUGCUUGCAUAUAUACUCAAACAAGCAUAUAUAUAUAUAUAUAUAUAUAUAUAU